CGACCCGACCUAUGCUCCCUGACCAGUCGGGCAUUGGCUGACCCCCAAAUGCCUCCCACUAACUAGCUGCCUCUUGCACAUACACACUACUACCACAAAGUCGACCAAGAAGGAUUCCCCGCACGUUUUUCGAAUCGGGCCGCCGCUAGGCUAGCUGCCUUCUCGUCGCCGGAGAGGAAUUUUAGCCUCGGCGGACGCCAAGGCGCGCAGAUUUUUUUUGUUUAGCAUACCUUUGUAGGUUCUUUGUUUUCCUUCCUAAAAAACCUUUUUUUCGGAGCGGAAUUCACGCCGGCGAUGGGAGUGGUGGAGUUCUCGGUCCUGGGGGCGGUGCAGAAGUUCCGAGCCCUCAUCACCGGCUCCACGGCCCCCGCCGCCAAUGAAGAACCCCGCCGGGCGAGCCCGCCGCCGCUGCCCCCGACGCCGCCGCGCAGCGGGGACGUGUCCCCGGCGGAUUCGCCGCCGCCCGCCGCCGCGAGAUCCGGAGGCAGGCGCGCCAUCGCCGUCCGCCGUCAGAUCUCCUCGCCGCAGCUCCUCCGCUGCCACGCUGUCAGGAGGGCAGAUGGCGAGGAAAAUGACGAGACCGGGGUUCAGUUUUUCACCCCAGGGAAUGACUACUUACACGACUUCUCGGACACUGAGUCUGUUAGUACCGCUAACGAGCUCAACCGGUCUACAACCUUAAGCCCCUUGAAGAGCCCGACCUGGAUGGUCUGGCAGAAUGACGGCACGCAAUCGUCCAGGAGAAACGGCCGUUUCAGCCUGGAUUCUCAUGGCCAUGGUACUAAGCUAUAUGGCAGUGUCACUUGCAGCUGUGUGGAAGGCGACACAGCUGAACAUCCGGUUGACUUUGAUGCCAAUAUUUGGUGCCCACCACUGCCAGAAGAUGAGGGUGAUGACGCGGAGUCGAGACUAUUUGGAUUCGACGACGAGGAUGACGAGGUUGAGGAGUCGAGCAAUCUUCUUGCUCUUGGCUGCUUUAACACUAACCAAACAGUUGGUGUUGGCAUGGUCACCGAGAUAGCUCAUAAAGAGGGUCUGAGGAAUGCUGUACUUGGCCAUUUUCGAGCUCUAGUGGCUCAAUUACUGAAUGGAGAAGGUAUUAGUGUGGGAAAUGAUGAUGGUUGCAUAACUUGGCUUGAGAUAGUGUCCACCUUAUCCUGGCAAGCUGCUAGUUAUGUGAGACCAAAUACAAAGAAAGGUGGCAGCAUGGAUCCUACUGAUUAUGUAAAGAUCAAAUGUAUAGCAUCCGGGGAUCCGAUUGAUAGCAAUCUUAUUAGAGGAGUUGUUUGUUCCAAGAACUUAAAGCACAAACGCAUGAUCUCUGAGCAUAAGAAUCCGAAACUGCUCAUUUUAGGAGGAGCACUUGAGUAUCAGAGGGUCACUAAUAAAUUAGCGUCUAUUGACAAUAUACUGGAACAGGAGAAGGAGCAUCUGCGAAGGAUUGUGGAAAAGAUAGAAUCUCGCCGACCAAAUGUGCUGCUAGUUGAGAGAAGUGUCUCAUCUUAUGCCCAAGAGCUUUUGGAAAAAGGAAUUUCAUUAGUUUUAAAUGUUAAGAGGCCGCUUUUGGAGAGGAUAUCAAGAUGCACUGGAGCACAGAUUGCCUCAUCAAUUGACAAUAUUGCUUCGGCAAGGCUAGGCCAAUGUGAAAUGUUCAAGGUGCAGAGAGUUCUGGAACUCCCAUCAGGAAAGCAGGCAAACAGGAGGUCAACAAAGACGCUGAUGUUCUUUGAAGGCUGCCCAAGGCGUUUGGGCUGCACAGUUUUACUGAGAGGGUCCUGUAGGGAGGAACUAAAGAAAAUUAAGCGUGCAGUCCAACUUGCAGUGUUUGCCGCUUAUCACCUUUCUCUGGAAACAUCAUUCUUUGCUGAUGAAGGAGCAACUCUUCCUAAAGUUCCUUCGAGGCCUGUGAUAAUGGUGCCAGAUAUGCGAAGUGAUGCAGACUAUUUUGCUGCAUCUGCUGGUGUUGAUGUGCCUCAUAAACUCAAGAAAGUACAAGGCGAUGAUUCACGGAUUAUGCUUGAGGAAAAUUCGGUGUCACCUGGUUCAUUAUCUUUGAAUGAGGAAGGCAAAGGUAUCAUCUUCGAGCAUAGAGAAUCUGGAUCUCCUGUUGAACACAGGGAAUCUGAAUCGCCUGUUGAGCACAUGGAAUCUGAAUCGCCCGUUGAGCAAAGAGGACCUGAAUCCCCUGUUGAUCAUUACUUAUCCCAUGCAAUUGAUUCAUGCGGUGGGUGUAAAAUACCUCCAGAUUUAUUGGAUAGUGAUUCAAGAACUUCAGGGAAGAAAUGUCAAGAAGUAGGCAAGUGGAAUCAUCAAACACAUCAUGACUUUCCUGCAAGAGACCUGAAUGACCAAACCGAGUUAUCUGGUGAAUACAUUCCUACUGCUGACAACCAUCAAAGCAUCUUAGUUUCCCUGUCAAGCACUUGUAUCCCCAAAAGUCUGGUAUGUGAGCGUCCACAGCUCUUCCGCAUAAAGUUUUACGGUAGCUUUGAUAAGCCACUUGGGAGAUACCUCCGGGAAGACUUAUUUGAUCAGGCAUAUUGCUGUCAAACAUGUAAAGAACCAUCUGAAUCACAUGUAAGGUGCUAUAUUCAUCAACAUGGGAGCUUAACAAUUAGUGUUAGGCGUCUUCUGUCUCAGAAGUUGCCAGGUGAGCAUGAUGGCAGGAUAUGGAUGUGGCAUAGAUGCCUCAAGUGUGAACCUAAGGAUGGUGUACCACCUGCUACACGAAGGGUAAUUUUGUCAGAUGCUGCUUGGGGCCUGUCAUUUGGGAAAUUCUUGGAGCUAAGCUUUUCAAAUCAUGCUACUGCUAACCGAGUUGCAAGCUGUGGGCAUUCUCUCCAGAGGGAUUGUCUUCGUUUCUAUGGAUACGGGAACAUGGUGGCCUUCUUCAGAUAUUCUCCUGUCGAUAUUCUAUCAGUUAAUCUCCCCCCAUCAGUAUUGUGUUUCAACUGUCACAGUCCACAAGACUGGACUAAAACGGUGGCAGUUGAGAUAUAUGGCCAAAUGAAAUCCUUACAUUGGGAGAUAUCUGAUUUUCUCCAUCGCACUGAAAAGAGUAUUCUAAUUGAGGAUGAACCGGUCAAGACUGGUAUUCAAAGGCAGAUAAUUGAGAUGAAGGAUUUGCUCAAAAUGGAAAGAAAUGAAUACGAGAUUUUGCUUUUACCAGUUAUUAGAGAUAGCUACUUGCAGGCAUCAAUUGAUAUUCUGGAGCUCAACCGCUUGAGGCGUGGUCUUAUUCUUGAUGCUUACCUCUGGGAUCGUAGGCUAUGUUACAUAGAUUCACUUCUUGUAACAAAUGGUCAUGUUUCAAAGACCAAUCCUGCUACAGAAAUUCUCUUGGACAUCAGGCUGAAGGAAUGGACAACAGAUUUGCUACAAGUGGAUACAAGUAUUGGGAAACCCACAUGCUUGUUGCAUUUACCAGGAAGUCCAAAAAGGUUUUCAGGAAGUCCAAGAAAAUCUUUGUUAUCCAGAGAAGGCUGCUUGAAUGAUGGCGAGUAUAGUAUGCCUGAUAAAAAAUUGCAGAUUGAUCUGGUCGAUCAUCCUGUUGAUGAUACAGAAGAUCUUGACAAGGUCUUCAGCAAAUUCAAUGGACACAAUGAACACCCAACUACUAAAGCUGCCAUUGGUAUGGAACCUGUUGAGCGGUUACCCUCACUUGCAUCUAUUUUUUCUGAUAAUAUUGAUUUGGCAUGGACUGGAUCUAGUGAGUUACAGUAUGAUCUUUCAGAAGGUUUCACCAACAUGGAUGAAAAUGGAUCCUUCAGUUUGUUGGAAAAUCGAAGUUACAAGAAUGCCCCAGUUAGAAUUCAUUCAUUUGAUUCUACACUGGCAUCCCAGCGAGAACGCACUGGAUUAGCUCCUACUUCAUUGCAUCUGUCGUCCUUCAGAUCUGCUGAGUACUUUGGGGGUUUAACAAGCAUCACAAAAGAUCCAAUGCCAAACAUAAGGAGGGCUUGUUCUCAAAGGUCACCUGGGGCCAUAGAGAAACUAAGUGUUAUUCUUACUCGUACACCCACGUAUAUCUCAUCCGUUUCACAUAUGGUUGAAGACGCACGCUUGCUCUUGCCCCAGAUUGGUAAUGAGGAUGUUGUUAUUGCAGUCUAUGAUGAUGAACCCACCAGUAUUGUUGCAUACGCCAUGACAUCACAAGAAUAUGUGCAUCAAGUCACACGGAAACUAAAUUCAUCUUUGAGUUUUUCACAUCUUCCAAAUGCCAACGAGUUCAGACAUGGACUUGAGGGGCCCUUGCCCUCACAAGAAGACAGUCUGGAAUAUAAGGGAACUCAUUUUAAGUUUUCUUUUGAUGAUGAAACUCCUCUUCCUGCAGAUAAAGCAAAGUUCUCUGUGAUUUGCUAUUUUGAAAAGCAUUUUGCUGCUCUUAGAAAGAAAUGCUGUCCAAAGGAUAUUGAUUACAUCCGUUCACUGAGUCGCUGCAAGAGAUGGUCUGCGCAAGGUGGGAAAAGCAAUGUUUACUUCGCAAGGACACUGGAUGAGAGGUUCAUAAUUAAACAAGUCACCAAGACAGAGCUGGACUCUUUUGUAGAAUUUGCUCCUCAGUACUUCAAGUACUUAAUGGAAUCCUUGACAUCUGGUAGCCCAACUUGCCUGGCAAAAAUAGUAGGCUUAUAUCAGGUUAAUGUCAAGGGCUUGAAAGGUGGUAAGGAAGUAAAGAUGGAUCUUAUGGUGAUGGAGAAUCUUUUCUUUCAAAGGAAGAUACCUAAGGUGUAUGAUCUAAAAGGUUCAUUACGGUCUCGUUACACAUCUGGCGACAGUAAAGUCUUGUUAGAUUCAAACCUCAUAGAAGCAUUGCAUACAAAGCCUAUAUUCUUAGGGAGCCGGGCAAAACGAAGAUUGGAAAGAGCUGUCUGGAAUGAUACUUCAUUUCUUGCGUCAGCGGAUGUCAUGGACUACUCGCUUCUUGUUGGAAUUGACGAGGAGAAGAAAGAACUUGUCAUUGGCAUCAUCGAUUACCUGCGCCAGUACACGUGGGACAAGCAGCUAGAGACCUGGGUGAAGGCAUCAGGCAUUCUAGGUGGCCCGAAGAAUGAAGCCCCCACCGUCAUAUCUCCGUUGCAGUACAAGAAGAGGUUCAGGAAAGCCAUGUCCAAGUACUUCCUCACCGUCCCUGACCAGUGGACCUCUUAGCAACUAACUGAUUAUCCAGAGCACAUAGAAGCAUUAUCACAAUAGUGAAUGUUGCGUAAAGUCUGCGCGAGUCAUAUAGUCAGUUUUUUUGUGUGCUGUUGUGGGAAGAUUAGCUCAUUCAUUUUGUACCCAGCUGUAUUGUGCUGUAGGCAUAGACAAGAUCAUCCUCUCCCUGGAUGCCAAGCAUGGUAUUUGCAGCGUCCAGCAACAGAUAAGAGGCUUGAUCUUUGUACAUUGUGACCAACAUAGUUAAAAAGAAACUGCGUUCUUUUUA